GAAACGAGCCAGCGCUCGUCCAGCCGUAUACGGGCUCGUCGGUCACAACCAUCCAUGUUGACCACGGUUCGUUCUCUUCCGAACGGCUCGGCUCUCACCACAUCCCGACUCAGAUCCACGACCACUGGGACACGCCGCCGCUCGCCGCUCGCGCCCACGGCAGCCGGGUUCACCCCCAAGCUCCACCCACCGCCGGAUCCCCCCGCCCCCAAGCUCCACCACCGCGGGAUCCGCUAAUCCACCGGCCAUGGCACGGGCUACACACCCGCGCGCCAUCAGGACGCCGCUCCCCCGUAUCCCAUGCGCCAUCGGGAAAUCCCACGACGGCCCAUGAGGAGCUGGCUCAGGCCGUGCGCUCGAGGCCGCCUUCGCUCUAGCACCGAUGGUUGUCUCGUACUCGGGCGGCCAUGCUCAUGUCCCACCACAACGCCCCCUCCCCGCCUCCAGCUCUGGAUCCAGAUGGCAUCAAGGCCACCACCGAGCCUCCCGAGCGUCUCCUCUUUCGUCCACGGGCUCAGCGCCCGCCCAAUCCCUCGCGCACGCCGACCCACACUGGAGCUCCAGCGCCUGUCCUUCUCCUUGUUCAUGUCUCCUCCUCAUCUGCAUCUUAGCCUUUUCUUUUUCCUUUGGUCAUGCAGGGAGCACGCAAUGAGCCUCGCCGCUGCCGCCAGCACCCGGACGUCGUCGCGCAGCCACCACCUCCGAGUUCGCCGGCCGCUGAAGCCCGUCCUCCCCUGCGUCCGGCACCGCCACUCUCUGGCUUGCCUCCAAGCGGAUUCGGCUGCCCUCGACCUUGUCUACUCCUCCCGUCGACAGAUUUGACGCACCGCCGCCGGAUCCGUCUUCAUCGGACUGGAUCCGCCAGAUCCGGCUGCCAUCGGCUGCCCCCGGCCUCGUCUACUCCUCCCCGUCGCCAGAUUUGACGCGCCGCCGCCGGAUUUGCCUCCAUCGGAUCGGAUCCGUUCGGAUUAGGCUGCCCUCGACCGUCCCCGGCCCUCGACCCUCCCCGGCCUUGUCUGCUCUUCCAGUCGAUCUGAAAUACAAAACAUUUUUUUUCACAUACAUAAUGAACCGCGGGUUAAUUACUUAAAACCACAGGGGGCUUUUUGCAAAAAGUGCAUGACGACGGACGACAGAAACCCAAUUCUCUUUAUUAUUAGGUAAAGAUAAAGAUAAAGAGGUAAAGAUAAAGAUUAGGUAAAGAUAAAGACUAGGAACGCACCACCGUAUCGGUAGAAGACGGACGCAAGGGACACAAGAGUAGUCAGUAGUGGGCCCAAAGGACGGUAUAUCUCCUGAAGAUACCGUGCACCACCCAUGCACGCACCAGAGCGCGGGCGGCGGCAUCGUGGCUGCCGUCCCCGGCCGGACGACGCCACCCGCGCGGACUCCACGAUGCCGCCCGCGCGCCAAAACCGAGCCGACCGCGCUUUUAAAACUCACCAAUCCGCCCCCGCGAUACACCCCACACGGACGGACGGAGCUCGCGACAUGGAGGCCGAGACGCUCGAGUGCGGCGGCGACGCGGCGGCGAUCGUGCUCUCGCGCCUGCCGCACCCGGACGACGCGGCGGCCGGGGCGCGCGCGGCCUACGUCAACGCCGCCACGGGCCGCGCGCUCUCCUUCGCGGGCCUGCGCGGCGCCGCGCUCUCGCUCGCCUCCGCGCUGCGCCUCGGGCUCGGCCUCCGCCGCGGCGACGCCGUCCUCGUGGCGCUCCCCGCGCCCGACGACGACCCGCUGCUGCUCCCGCCCGUCCUCCUCGGCGUCCUCGCGGCCGGCUGCGUGGCCGUCCUCGCUGCCCCGGGCGCCAGGGUAGACGCCGUGGCGCGGGAGUCCGGCGCCGCGAUCAUCGUCGGCGCGCCGGGGACGGGCGGCGGCCUGCCGCUGCUGCUCAUGUCGAGGUCGUCGGACCCACGGACUGUGUCCGUGGAGGAGCUCAUGGAAGGCGGCGACCCGGCCGCGCUCGACGCCGUCGCCGCGGACCGGCCAGACCACUGGGACCCGGCCCUCGUGGUCCACUGCUCGUCGGCGACCAACAAGGUGGCCAUGACGCACGCCGACCUGAUCGCCGCCGUGGGCGGCGUGGCCUCACCCGACGAAGACCGGGUCUGCCUUGCCACACUCCCGGCGUGGGGAACCAGCGUCCACGGCGGCCUGGCACUGCUCGCCCUCGGGCUCCCGGCGGCCGGAGCCACCACGGUGCUCCUGCCGCCUUCCUCCGACCUGCGGGCCGCGGUGGCCGCCCACGGCGCCACCGACGUCGUGGCGACCCCCGAGGCGGCCGCAGCGCUCUUUGCUCCCGGGCUGCCGCAGGGGAAGCUCGCCACACUGCGGAGGGUGACAGUGGUGACGCCGCUCGCAGAUGACGCACGGCAGGCGUUCCGCCGCAGGCUAUCGUGGGUCGAUCUGGCUGAGAUGUCCGGCGCGCCGGAGAUGGGAGCAGCGACGGCGGAGUCGCCGGAGCAGGUGAAGGUGGCUCCUGCACCUCUGGGGCCUCUGCUGCUCGUGCAACCUGAUGCUGCAGCCACACAGCUGAAGGGCAAAAUACCAGACCAAAUGCCAUCGCCAAGCGAGGCUACCUCUCUGGUGUCGCCGCUUCAGAAGAUCCAAAAGACUGUUCUCAGUGACGCCUUCGCAAAAUCAGUCGCGGGCAAGUUCUUGAGGAGGAGCCCGGUGGCCUGCGACAAACAAGCCGUCUCAAAACUGUAGCAGCUUCGCCUCUGUUUCGCUGCUGGGUGGCUGCCUGUCUUGAAGGACCUGGCAUAUAGAAUGCUUAAAGAGUUACAAGUGCUCCCGGAAGUUGUACUAUCACAUAUCGAGCCAUACGAAAAAUUGGAAGGGGGUCUGUAAAAGGAGAACCGAUAGUUUUUACGGACUCUAGUUUAGCGAAAUCAAGGUUGUCUUGGUGGACCUGACAUAUAAUGCUUAAAGAGUUACAUACACUCUUUGUAAGUUCAAGUAUGAAAUAUUGAGCAAGUUGAGCAGAGGUGGCCUCAACGGUAGGGAAAUCAGUAUAACACGGGUCAAAUACAUGAAAUGGAAUGCAGCUUUGGAAUA